AUGCGUCACCAAGUCGCAACUCUUCUAGGAGCGGCGCCAGCGCUCGUUGCUGCUCUUGCCAGUGCGACCGCCUCUCCUUACACGCUCAAACACGAAGCCGGGCGAUGUGCUUUCCGAGGUCAAUGUGGGAAGCAGAGUUUCUUCGGCAAGGAGCUGCCAUGCGUCGACAACGACCUGGCCAAAGAUCCUGAUGCAGAGCUCCGAAAGGAGCUUGUCGACCUCUGCGGAGCUGAAUGGAGCGAAGGGCCAGUGUGCUGCACGCUGGAGCAGGUUCAAUCCCUCAAGUCGGAAAUGGGCACACCUAAUACACUCAUUGGGUCAUGUCCUGCCUGCAAACACAACUUUUUCAACCUGUUUUGCAAGUUCACUUGUUCGCCCGAUCAGUCCCUGUUCGUGAACAUCACAGAUGCCGCUCCUAAAAACGGCAAACUACUUGUAACCGAGCUCGAUCAACUUAUAUCCGAAAAGUAUGGCUCUGGCUUGUAUGACAGUUGCAAGGAAGUCAAGUUUGGUGGCGCAAACAGCAGAGCCAUGGACUUGAUUGGAGGCGGCGCCAAGGACUACCACCAAAUGCUCAAAUUUUUGGGCGAUAAGAAGCCACUGGUCGGAUCACCAUUUCAAAUCAAUUAUCCUGAAUCAUAUAAGGAACCAAACAUGGGUCCACUGGAGAUGACACCAAAGAAGUGCAACGACGAGGAUCCCGACUAUCGAUGCGUGUGUGUUGAUUGUCCUGCCGUAUGCCCCGAGCUGCCCGCGGUUAAGAAAUCCGGGUCGUGUCAUGUUGGCGCACUGCCUUGCCUUUCAUUUGCGUCAAUCUUCACCUAUUCCGUACUCCUCUUUGCCUUUGCUACCUCGGUCUUUGGCCAUGUUGCCUGGCGGCGGUACGCCCAGCACCGUGUGGAGAGAACGAGACUAUUGCACGAAUCUUCGCAUAGCGACGAUGAAGAUGAAGGUGGACCGGUUUUGACCGAAGUCAUGCGUGACCGCCCGACGAAACGGUAUUGGAUCAACGACAGAUGUGACGACCUUUUCUACCGACUCGGUCAUGCUGCUUCUCGAUUUCCCGGUCUCACCAUUGGAACGAGCUUGCUGAUUGUUGCGAUUCUGAGCGCUGGUUGGUUCAAAUUCGACUUGGAGAAGGAGCCCGCAAGACUUUGGGUGAGUCCAUCGUCACCAGCUGCCCAGGAAAAGGCGUACUUCGACUCGAACUUUGGACCUUUUUACCGCGCCGAGAAGAUCUUCCUAGUGAAUGACACGCAACCUGGUGGGCCCGGGCCCGUACUCAGCUACGACACCCUCAAAUGGUGGGCAGAUGUUGAGAAGAGCAUCGAGAAGCUAGAAAGCAAAACCUAUGCGAAGAGUCUUCAUGAUGUUUGUUUCAAACCAAUGAAUGACGCCUGUGUUGUUCAGUCUGUUACCAGCUAUUGGUUUGCCAAAGGUGGCGUGAUUAACCCGAAGACUUGGAAAGAAGACCUUCGCCAAUGUGCCAAGUCCCCCGUCGAUUGUCGACCCGAGUUUGGUCAGCCUAUCGAACCUAGUAUGGUUUUCGGAGGGUAUGGCGACGACGUCACGGAAGCGCAGGCCAUCACUGCUACUUGGGUAGUCAAAAACGCAGAAGAGGGAAGCUUCGCCCAGCUCGCAGCCAUAGAUUGGGAAAAUGCACUGCGAGACCGCUUAUUACAGGCACAAGACGAAGCCAAGAACAGAGGCUUGCGACUGUCCUUCACCACCGAAAUCAGCCUGGAGCAAGAAUUGAACAAGUCUACAAAUACUGAUGCGAAAAUCGUGGUUGUGAGCUACAUUGUCAUGUUUAUCUAUGCAUGCAUGGCGCUUGGCACGCCCUUUAAGCACAUUUUCAGAAACCCGGCCCUACUACUUGUGGAAUCCAAGGUAACACUUGGCCUAUUGGGCAUCAUCAUCGUCCUCAUGUCAAUUGCAGCAUCGAUAGGCUUCUUCUCCUGGGUUGGCCUGAAGGCAACUUUGAUUAUCGUUGAAGUCAUUCCAUUUAUCGUCUUGGCUGUUGGUGUAGACAACAUUUUCCUGAUUGUCCAUGAGCUGGAGAGGGUAAAUGUAAGUUGCCCUGACCAAAUGGUCGAAGAGCGCGUCGCAAGGGCCCUAGGUCGCAUGGGACCAUCUAUCCUCUUUUCUGCCCUGACCGAAACUGUUGCAUUUGCUCUAGGCGCCGCAGUAGGAAUGCCUGCGGUUCGCAACUUUGCCGCCUAUGCAGCUGGAGCAGUGUUUGUCAAUGCUGUUUUACAAAUGACGAUGUUUGUGUCAUUUUUGGCGCUGAAUCAGAUGCGUGUGGAGGACCAUCGAUGUGAACUGUGGCCCUGGUGGCAGAUCAAGAAGGCAAGAAUUCACCUGAAUGGUAGCAACAGCUAUGUUGGAGGCGGAAGGGUGUCUGAAAUUGAGGAAGAAAGCUUUCUGCAAGUCUUCAUCAAGAACACGUACGCGCCUAGCCUACUGACGAAGAGGGUUAAAAUGGGCGUCAUCACAAUCUUCCUCGGCCUAUUUGCGGCCGCCCUCGCUCUGCUACCGAAGAUCGAAAUUGGGCUCGACCAGCGAGUCGCCAUUCCCGAUGGAUCGUAUUUGAUACCCUAUUUCAACGACUUAUACGAUUACAUGGAGACGGGACCUCCUGUGUACUUUGUCACACACAGUGUCGACGCCUCGCAUCGAAAGGAACAGCAGGAGGUUUGCUCAAGAUUUACAACUUGCCACGAGCUUUCUCUCACCAACACCUUGGAGCUGGAGAGGCAAAGACCCAACAUAUCAUACAUUUCGUCUCCAACUGCAAGCUGGAUGGACGAUUUCUUCUUGUGGUUGAAUCCUAUCUACGAGCAAUGCUGUGUGGAGAACCGCAAGACGUGUUUUGCUGGACGACAACCUGCUUGGAACACCACGCUCUACGGAAUGCCCGAGGACGAGGAAUUCAUUCGUUAUCUCCACAAGUUCCUUGCCACGCCUGCAGAUGAUGAUUGCCCACUGGGUGGCCAGGCAGCGUAUGGUGAUGCUGUGGUAAUAUCUGACGAUGACAAGAGUGUCAAAACAAGCCAUUUUAGAACAGCACACACGCCUCUCCGCAGCCAAGCUGAUUUUAUCAACGCAUACUCGUCAGCUCGCCGUAUUGCUUCUGAUAUUAGUCAGAGAACUGGGGCCGAUGUCUUCCCCUACAGCGUGUUUUAUAUCUUCUUCGACCAAUACCUUAGCAUUAUUCCGCUAACCGCGGGACUUUUAUCUGCCCUGGUUGGUAUCAUCUUUAUCGUUGCUUCUGUGCUGCUGGGAUCAGCGCUUACCUCGGCUGUUCUUACAAUCACGGUAAUUAUGAGCGUGGUUGAUAUCAUGGGAGCCAUGGCAGUAUUUGGCGUCUCUUUGAACGCCGUGUCCUUGGUGAACCUCAUCAUCUGCGUUGGAAUAUCGGUCGAGUUUUGUGCGCACAUUGCUCGCGCCUUCAUGUUCCCCUCGCGAACAGUCAUGGAGAGUAACAACACAACACUCCGAGGUCGCGACGCGAGAUCCUGGACGGCGCUUGUUAAUGUAGGCGGCUCCGUCUUCUCUGGCAUUACCGUCACGAAGCUCCUAGGAGUUUGCGUCUUGGCAUUUACCCGCUCCAAGAUCUUCGAGAUCUACUAUUUCCGUGUUUGGCUGGCGCUAGUCGUCUUUGCCGCUCUGCAUGCGCUGGUCUUCCUGCCAGUUGCGCUCAGCGUUGCUGGCGGAAACGGUUAUGUCGACCCUGAGAGUGAGGGAACUGCAGCGCAGGACUUGACUGAUAGGAGAUGGCGAGCCAUUCGAGUCCAUGACAAUAGCGAUUCAGAGGAUGAGGAUUACUGA